UGUUAUUUACAUGAUAAAAAUGGGAAGCAGUAUAAAUAUUGAUUUCUUGUAGCUUAGGGUCAUCAUUGAAAUUUAAGUACCAAAAAAAUGAGGACUUCACGUAUUUGUUUAAUCUUGCUAUCGAUAUUGGUAGUUCAGAUUUCAUCUGAAGAUACUGAACUAGAUAAAGUAAUAAACAAGAUUACAGCAUCUACAGUCAAAAUAGCAGAAACACCUUACACGGCUUUAUUAGCCGAAAUACGAGCACAUCCAGAUGUAAAUAAUUUCUUGAAAGACUAUUCGCGUAAAAUAAACCAGGUUAUGGACCAAACCCAAAAGGAUUUAUUUAGUUUGAUACCACAAGAUGAGAAAUCCGCAAUCAAAAGAGUUAUUGACUUCACGUCACAUUCUAUGUCGUCAGCAUUUUGGAAUACAGUAAAAGGUGUAACUUCUGUAACGAACACGUCUUUCGAUACAUUACCGGAUGAUAUUAAAACCAAAUUACUUGGAUUAGGAAACGAUAUUAAUGAUUUUUUAAAGAAACUAAAAGCUGCCAAUGACAAUGGAUUAAAAAAAUCAAAAUAAUACCCUAUAUAAUAUUUAAUACUCAUUCAAAAAAUAUUGAAUAUCUAGUUGGUUCGAUAAAUAACAAUUCAAUGUUAACUUUUAAACUAUAUCGGAAGAAAUGAUAAAUGAACUACAUCCAUUUAUUACCAAUAGCAGUAGUAUAGGAAACAUUACAAUAUUGUAUUUAUUGAUGUGUAUUUAAUUUAUAUAAUAAUCACAUAUAUUUAUAUAUUUUGUAAAUCAUUAAUAAAUAAUAAAACUUAUUGUAAUUAUUAAAAUAUAAUCUAAUUGAAACACUAAUGUUAUUAAAUAUCGAUUAAGUCACUUAAUUGUAAUAAACAUAUUUUUGACAUAACUAAAGUUUACGGUAGGUAUAUUAUAUAGUUUCCUUACGUGAUAAAAAUUGUAAGUAUAAUAUUAUUGUUUUAAUAUUUAGUUCUAUAAAUGUAUAUGAUUAUACGUUUUAUGUAAUGAAUAAUAACUGUUUUAUGAUUUUUGUAACAUUUUGUAUUAGAAAAAUAUAAUUUACAAACUUAGUUACACUUAUAACUAAAAACUGUAA